AUGGCAGUGCAGUCGCAAUCCACAACGUCUCUGCCAACUCUUUCAUCGCAAUCUACCCAGAAUUUACUGAAUAAAAGAGUCUCUGCAGAAGAUUCUCUUUAUCAUAUUUGUUUGAAUGUGAAGCGAAGAUUAGAGAGCCUUCCGCAACUGAAACCGUAUGUAAAUCUAGCGUAUGCUAGCAGCGAGCUUUUGAGCGAAAGACAGGCGUUGUUACUGUCACAGAAACAGCAGACAACCCAAAACAGUCAUUACAGUACAGGUUCCACAGUCAGUGGUGCGUCGUCAAUUCAAACGAGUGUGAAAAACGGUGGUGACAGCCGAAUCUCUUCUUUCUCGAAUGCCAGUUAUAACGAAGAACUGGACGUUUUGGGCCACAACAUGGAAGAUUCGAUUCUGACAUUCAGCAUGGGCAUUCUACCAAUUUCCAUGGACUGCGACCCAGUGACACAGCUUUCGCAGCUGUUCCAGCAAGGUUCGCCUCUAUGUGUACUUUUCAAUGCGGUCAAGCCGCAAUACGCGCUACCGGUAGUUUCUUCUGACGACUUGAAGAUCUGCAAAAAAUCCAUCUACGACUUCAUCCUUGCGUGCAAGAAAUACUACAAGUUUAACGACGAAGAACUUUUUACAAUUUCGGACGUUUUUUCGACCUCAACGGAACAUUUCAUUAAAGUUUUGGACGUUGUCACAAUUUUAAUCAAUUCGGCUCCGCAGAUUUUCCCCCCUCAACCCAUCGAGGAUAUUCGGUGGUCCAAUACUGAUCACAGCAAGAUUAUGAGAGAGUUCAUCGAGACCGAGAGGAAAUACGUUCAUGACUUAGAAAUCUUGAACCAGUAUCGAAUUCAGCUUCUUCAAAACGGUAUUGUGAAUUCCGAAGAGCUUUACAUGCUUUUUCCAAACAUUAGCGAAAUUAUUGACUUUCAAAGAAGGUUUUUGACUUCAAUGGAGAUAAAUGGGCAAGUAGAUCCUUCGAGGCAACGUAUUGGAGCGUUAUUUACGCACUCCAAGUCUUUUUUCAAAUAUUACGAACCUUGGUCUAUUGGUCAAAAUGCUGCCAUUGAAUUUAUCUCAUCAAGCUUUGACAAAAUGCAGGGUUCCGGGUUUGUGAUCGGUAACAAACUUGAGUUGCAAUCAUUUCUGUUAAAGCCAGUGCAGAGACUUUGCAAAUACCCGCUCCUGAUUAAGGAACUCUACCAGCAGUCUCGAGAUAACGGAAAUAACAAAGAACUCGAGCUAGCAUGGGAAAUCUCGAAAAGUAUCGCAAGGAGUAUAAAUGAAAACCAGAGGCGAACAGAAAAUCACGAGGUGGUGAAAAAACUAUACGAUCGUGUAGUCAAUUGGAAGGGCUACCGUAUUGCCAAGUUCGGCGAGCUCUUAUAUUUUGAUAAAGUGUCCAUAUCAACAGGAAACUCGACUGAGGGAGAGCACGAAUUUGAAGUAUAUCUGUUCGAAAAGAUAAUUAUCCUCUUUAGCGAAGUUGUUCCUAAAAAAGUCAACUCGAUCUCAUUGAAGAAGAAAUCCAAUUCUUCUUCAUCCACUUUGCAUUUAAGUGGAAGCUCUACGGCUGUUUCAACAACAUCCACUGGAGAAUCAAAAUUGGAUUUGAGAGGACGUAUCAUGAUAGUUAAUCUCAACCAGGUUACUCCUCUCGAUGCCCGCGGGCUAAACAUCACUUGGGAGUCCCCAAAAGAACAGGGAAAUUUCGUUCUGAAAUUCAAGAAUGAGGAAACAAGGGAUAACUGGUCCACCAGCUUACAGGCUCUUCUAAAAAAUUUGAGAAGCGAAUCAUUCAGAAGCAACGGCAGUAGCAGUGAUAGGUCGUCGUUUUCUUCUUCCCAUCAACGUCAACAUUAUAGCAUGAAUUCCAUAGGAAGUGCGUAUAACCGAAGAAUAUCGGACGUGCUACCGAAGCAUCAAAACCAUCAAUCCUUCGAAAGCGAGUACAGGUCCAUAUCAGAAAACUACAAAAGUUCAAUACCCGAAUCAAUGCUUUUGGUAAGAAUAUCUUUCAACAAUGAUUUCUACACGGUUUUGGUCGAGGUUAAUUGUAAUGUUGAACAUAUGCUUCAGAUAAUAAAAAGAAAACUCACACACAUGGGUUCUGUUUCGAAAAUAAAAUAUCAAGACGAGGAUGGAGAUUAUGUGGUCCUUGAAAGCGAAGACGAUUGGAGUGUGGUAAAAGACAUGCUGAGGGAGAGCAAUGAAAGAGUAUUGAAUGUCUGGGCAUCUAAUUAA